CUGAAAGUGUAAAAAAAAGUAGCACUUUGGACUCUCUCUCACUUCUACUUCCUGACUAUAUAUUUUGUGAUCUAUAUUAUUGUUGUAUAUUAACAAAGCUAUCCACUUUUCUUUUCUAAUUUCUUUUCUCUUUCUAGAAAAAGCACCAGACUUUUUUUAGUAAAACAAAAAUAACGAGGCGGUUUUGAAAUCGUGUCCAUAGAAGGAGCAAAUAUAUAAAAUAACAAUGUCGCGAGGCGGAUUCGGUGGACGUGGCGGAGGAGGUUUCGGCGGAGGCCGUGGUGGUGGAGGACGCGGAGGAAGCCGCGGCGGAUUUGGCGGUGGCCAUGCCUCGUACGGACCCCCCGACACAGUGUCCGAGCUCGGCACCUACAUGCAUGCGUGCGAGGGCGAGAUGGUUUGCAAAUCGACAAGCGACAAGGUGCCGUACUUCAACGCACCGAUCUUCCUCGAGAACAAGACGCAGAUCGGCAAGGUUGACGAGAUCCUGGGCCCCAUCAACGAGGUCUACUUCACCGUGAAGCUUCAGGACGGUGUUGUUGCUGACUCGUUCAAGGCCAGCGACCGCGUGUUUAUUGCGCCCGACAGACUGCUGCCCCUGGAGCGCUUCCUGCCCAAGCCCAAGUCUGCUGGCGGUGUGAAGAAGCGCGGUGGUGCUGCUCCUGGCGGCCGUGGCGCUGCUCGCGGCGGCUUUGGUGGUCGCGGUGGUAGCCGUGGUGGCUUCGGCGACCGUGGUGGUCGUGGCGGUGCUCGUGGCGGCUUUGGUGGCCGCGGCGGAGGCCGUGGUGGAUUCAGCGACCGUGGCGGCCGCGGUGGGUUCGGCGGAAGCCGUGGUGGGUUUGGCGGAGGCCGCGGUGCUCCCCGUGGUGGCAGCAGCUUCAGCGGCGGCCGUGGUCGUGGUGGAUACUAAGCUGUCGCAACCAGCAUUUCCUCAUUCCCCUUCAUAUUUCCAGCUUGCUAUAAUGGACGUUGUUUCUCUUUUCUUUCACUUUUUUACAUACUUUUUUUUAAAAAAAAUCACACCCACUUA